ACUAAAGCGAAAAAAAGAUGGUCAAGGUGUAGUGUACGAAUGUAGAAAACCACGUUUACUGUCCUUUCUUUCCCUCUUGGACAGAAGUUCGUCACUUUCUGUGAUUCUGUCUUCUGAGCAUAGACUCUCUUGUUCGGAGUUUCUUUUAUUUUUUUUUUAUUUUUUUUCUUUUGGUCAGGAAACAAUGACUGGAAUCCGAUCGCCACCGGAGGAUACAGACCUCGGGCAGCCGGCUCGGUCAACUCCGGCCGCCGCCGAUCUGGUCUCCGACGACGACCGCUCGAUCGCCGCCGACUCCUGGUCCAUCAAGAGCGAGUACGGGAGCACGCUCGACGACGAGCAACGCCACGCCGACGCCGCCGAGGCCCUCUCUGCCGGCAAUUUCAGAGCCGCCUCUGAUUACAGUUCUGACAAGGAUGAACCAGAUGCUGAAGCAGUUACAUCAAUGUUAGGUCUUCAGAGUUACUGGGAUUCUGCGUAUGCGGAUGAGUUGGCAAAUUUUCAUGAACAUGGCCAUUCUGGUGAAGUUUGGUUUGGUACUGAUGUAAUGGAAGUUGUUGCUUCUUGGACCAAAAGCUUGUGCAUCGAUAUUUCUCUAGGCCACCUACCAAAUCAUGUUGACAAUGUCAAAUCCGAGCCUGUUGAAGGUGGUGAUAAAUAUCUUUCUACUUGGAGUGUCCUUGAUAUUGGGACUGGCAAUGGUUUGCUACUCCAAGAACUAGCCAAGCAGGGGUUUUCUGAUUUAACAGGAAUCGAUUACAGUGAAGGAGCGAUUGACCUUGCUCGAAAACUUGCGCAGCGUAAUGGAUUUGUUAAUAUUAACUUCUUGGUUGAUGAUGUUCUUGAGACAAAGCUGGAACGACAAUUUCAACUCGUCACAGAUAAAGGAACUUUAGAUGCCAUUGGAUUGCACCCAGAUGGCCCCAUUAAAAGGAUAAUGUAUUGGGACGCUGUUUCAAGAUUAGUGGCGCGUGGUGGAAUACUGGUUUUAACUUCCUGCAAUAAUACAAAAGAUGAAUUGGUCGGAGAAGUGGAAGGUUUCAACAAAAGAAGCAUUGGAGGGUCCCACUCGCAGGAAGCUGAAGAACCCCUCAAGGACCAAGAAGCAAAUAGGGACGCCCCUGCAUUUCAAUAUCUUGGUCAUGUUCGCUCUUAUCCAACUUUUGAGUUUGGUGGUUCUGUAGGAUCUCGGGUUGCCACAGUUGCUUUUCUCCGUAACUAAUCUGAACAAAAAGCAAUCUAUUUUUACAUUUUGGGAUAUGAUCGAAUGGUUUUGAUACAGUUCAAAAACAUUUUGUAUGCUUGUGAGAAUAUUGGACUUUGCUGAAUUCUGAGGUUUAUUGCUAA